AUGCAGAGCGCUGGAGGUGAGGGGGGCGGGGAGGAGGGACGGGAGGAAAGUUCCUGCCAAGAGGAGAGAGACGGCAAGCUGCAGGAUGGAGGUGACAGAGCCGCAGAUGACUAUGGAGCGACUGUCCCACCCGUUCAAGAGACAGGACCAGGGCCUGAUCACCUGACUCACUACAUUCACUCUGACCACAGUAGUACGGAUGAAUACUCCCCUGCAGCCACAAAUUCAGCGCAAGAAAAUGUUGCUCAGGUGCCAUUGAUACCUCACCUCUUAAACCUUAAUACAUUAGAAGCACACAUGGAGGAUCAGGAGCCACUGCCGGAGGAGGAGGAGGAGGAGUUCAUUAUUCUCAACUCUGACCAUACCCUAGUAAGAAGGCAGCAAGCUGCUCUGAACAUCCAGCUCAGCAAGCAGCUGGAGAGGAUCAGCCUGGCACUGAAGGAAAAGUUGGCACUGGAGAAGCAAGAUGACAACCACAGAAUGGAGACAAGUGCUGUGAUUUUCAAGAUUCAAGAGCAGUUGGCCAGACUCAAGACCAAGAUGGAGGACCGUCAUCAUACCAAGGCACAGGCUGAAGCCAAACAUAGGCAGACACAGGAUCAGCUGGAGGCAAUAAAGAGCCAGCAUUCCAGUAUUACCAGUCAGGAAAGCAAAGCCAAAGCCAAUGUGUCCCAGCUACAGACAGAGAUAGACAACUUGAUGCUGCAACUCGUCUUGACACAAGGUGCUAGUGAUGAUCUGCGCUCAAAUGUCAAAGCCAUGAAAAAUGUCAGACGCAAAGCAGAAGCUGAGAAGAACCAGGCUGAAGAGCAGAAAUUGCAGCAGGAUUUGUAUGUAAAGCGUCUAACAAAGACCAUGGAGAGGCUGACACAACAGAUAGCCAUGUAUGAGGCCCAGUCCAGUGCUCAAGCAGAGGAGACACAAGCAGCCAAAGAGGCUCUCUCUGAGGCUGAGAUGGAAAUGGAGUCUCUGGUAAUGGCACGUCAACAGCUGCUGCAGCAGUGGAGCAGCAGUCUGGUAGGCAUGGGAAGACAAGAUGAGGCCUUCAGUGCAAUGCAGGAGGCCAUGCGUGCUCUCCAUCACCAGGUGAUCUUGCUGGACAGAGAGAUUGAAGGCUACAAGAAAUCCACCACUGAAGAGCAGGAGAAAAAUGAGACGCUAACUAUGCAGCUAAACUGGUCCCAGUUGGAUUGCAGCACCUCCAAAAAGCUGAUCAGUCAGAAGCAGACCCAGCAAGAGGCUCUGCAGGCCCACUACACAACCUGCCUCCGCACUCUGAGGGAGACAGAGCGCACCCUCGACAGGCUCUCUAAGGAAACCAGCACCUACCAGGCUGAAGUGACGGAUCAGAGGAGGCAGUUGGAGAAACAGAGUGCUGUGCGUCUGGAGUUGGAGGACAAGAUCAUGAUCCACAUGCAGCAGAAGCUCACCCACAACAAAGCUGCCAAGUAUUCCCAAAGGCUCACCAGUAAGAUGACCACACUCAAGAAGGAGAAGAUCUCUCAGUUGUGGCAGCUGGAGAGCGAUGUAGCGGCAGUGGGACAGGAGAGCAGCAAGGUCAGCCAACAUCUGGAAAGCCUGACCCUCACCCAGGAGGCCCUAGAAGAGGAGAUCGCAAAGAGCAACAAGCUAUUGACAUCUGACCAUGCUAAAAUUGCUUCCUUUGUUACACUCAUCGGGCAGAAGCAGACCACCAUCGCCACCUAUAAGAAAAAGAUCUAUCAAAUCGUGGCCAGGACUGGGCACGAGGAUCUGAGUCCUCUGCAAAUCAAGGUGCAGGCAUUAAUGGCUCAAAUUGAGGAGCUGGCAGCGAACAUCAAGAGUGACCAGCAGCUCUGGAUGAAACGACAGGGGACUCUUGUAGGACUGACCCAGGAGAUUGAAGCCAACAGCAAGGACAUGCUGAAACUGCAGACAGAGUACACUGUCAUGCAGCAGAAGAAAAUACGCUUGGAGAGUCAGAUUGAAGUCGAGCACCGUGAGGAGACGGAGCUGGAGAAGAAUGUGAAAAUGCUGAGAGGGGACCUGCUGAAGCUCAACACUCUGCUGAGCAAGAACGGACAACUCAGCCUGGCGCUAGAGCAGGAGAACGCACUGAUGGAGACAGACUUCCUUCACAGACUUAAGGAGGCAGAGUGGGAGUCUAUCGAGAUGCAGAUGAAACACGAGAAGAUCCAGGAGGAAAAAGAGAGGCUCCUCAACAGUCUGGUGGAGGCUGAGCGGCAGAUUAUGCUAUGGGAAAAGAAGACCCAGCUUUUAAAAGAGACUCGUUCAACUGUUGAUUCAGAGAUGGGCCAGGGAGACAUCCAGAUGAUGAAGGCUGAGAUACACCGUAUGGAGGUGAGACUCAACCAGCUAAUGAAGCAGCAGGAGCGGCUGCUGAGAGAGAGUGAAGCAACAGUGGCAAGGAGGGAGACGAUCAUCCUGCGCAGGGAGGCCAUGGUCCACUUCUCCCACAGACAGACUACAAAGGGCGAGCUGAGCCGCGUCAUACAGGGCCUGCAGCGUAAGAUCCAGGACAUUCACAAGCAUGUAGUGGAGUGUGAGCAGGUGGUCAGGGAACUACAAACGAGCCAGGUCAGUCUGAGCGGCAGGCUCGCGCAGCAGAAGCAGCAGCUGAUAGAACUCUGCGGCACCAGCUACGCCCUUGACCCCGACUUCAUAAAUCUCCAGGACACCAAGGACAGGAACCUAGCCCACCUUGUGGCUCUACAGAGCCGGACCAAGAAGCUGCAGGGGGUGUGUGAGGGCAGCUACCAAGCCUUGUCCACCAGUGAAUCCGUUGGAGCCGCUCUGCAGAACCACAUGGAGCGUGUACACGCUGCCAGCACCAUCUUGCACCGCGUGUGUGAGGAGCUCCCCCAGCACCAGGGGGCGCUCCGCAGGCUGUCACUAGCACUAGCGGCGCGCACACAGACCCUGGAGCAGGAGACGUCCUGAGAGUGAGGGUAGGAUAUAGGCAUGACAGUAUGCACAAGAGAAGGAGUGCUGAGGAUGGAAAGGGAGUAAAAAUGAGGUGUGAAUGAAGU